CGCUGCUAAGCAGCGGCGGGGAUGGCGAGCCGCGGGGCCGGGGCGGUGACGAUAGCAGCGGUCCCGCCAUUGGACGAGGAGCCCUGAGGGACAGGCCAGCGCGGUGAACAAGGAGAGACCGAGGCGGGUGGCCCCGAGAGAGCGAGGGCAAUGGAGGCCAACAUGCCGAAGCGGAAGGAGCCUGGCAAGUCCCUGCGCAUCAAAGUCAUCUCCAUGGGCAACGCCGAAGUGGGAAAAAGCUGUAUUAUAAAGCGAUACUGUGAGAAAAGAUUUGUAUCUAAAUAUCUUGCAACAAUUGGAAUUGACUAUGGAGUCACAAAGGUACAAGUCAGAGACAGAGAAAUCAAAGUUAACAUCUUUGACAUGGCUGGACAUCCCUUCUUCUACGAGGUUCGUAACGAGUUUUACAAGGACACACAGGGUGUGAUACUGGUCUAUGACGUUGGGCAGAAAGACUCCUUUGACGCCCUUGAUGCAUGGCUGGCAGAAAUGAAGCAAGAUCUUGGACCUCAUGGAAACAUGGAAAAUAUUGUCUUUGUGGUGUGUGCCAACAAGAUCGAUUGUACCAAGCACCGCUGUGUUGAUGAAAGUGAAGGGCGUCUUUGGGCCGAAAGCAAAGGAUUCCUGUACUUUGAAACUUCAGCACAAACCGGAGAAGGAAUCAACGAGAUGUUCCAGACCUUUUAUGUAUCCAUAGUUGAUUUAUGUGAAAAUGGCGGGAAACGUCCCAUCACAAAUAGCAGUGCUAGCUUCACCAAAGAACAAGCAGACACCAUUCGCAGAAUUCGGAAUAGUAAAGAUAGUUGGGACAUGUUGGGAGUCAAACCCGGGGCCUCAAGGGAUGAAGUCAAUAAAGCGUAUCGGAGACUCGCUGUGCUGCUGCACCCUGACAAAUGUGUAGCUCCCGGCAGCGAAGAUGCCUUCAAAGCCGUCGUGAAUGCCCGGACAGCCCUCCUGAAAAACAUCAAGUAGAAAGUAGGAAAAAAAGACAAGUGUGGGCCUCAAGUACAAACAGACUUUCCCGAGAGGUAAAAUAGCCAACAUGGAGUUUUCCUCCCCAAAAACCUUCCUGCUCUUUUCGCUCAUGUGUUGUCAUUUGUAAAUUGGUCAUUCAGGCGGCUGUUGCCAUUGCAUGGACAUUUUACAGAGGUGAAGUGAAGAGAACCAAGCGCCGCUUAUGCGCUGUAGUUCAUUUCCUAGAUCCCAGCAAUCUGAAUUUGUUUUUCUCCUUCGUUUGUAAGCUCUGUGAUUGUAGCAUCCCUUAGGCACUUCACUCAGGAAAGUCCGUGAGGAUUCUGGAGAGAGGAAGGAAGACAACAGGACCCUUUCACUUUUUCCUUUUUUUUAAAUUCAUCAUCAGAGAAGAAAACAACAAAAACGGCAGCAGACAAUAUCAAAACCCCUGAAAGUUUGGUGUGACCUCAAUAGCAAGUUACUCCUUUUACAAUGAGGUCCUUAGGUGGUAUUUUAACCAUCGAUCUAUUACUAAUGAACUCUAGGCAGCCCUUUGGUAGUUUGUGAAACGAGGCCAUACAAUUCUGAACGAGCAGCCCUUUUAUGACAUUUGCUCGGUUUCCCUUCUCCAACCAGCAGGGGGAGAGACAAGCCAGUUCUAAAAGAGGAAAGUUCUGGGUACUCUGGCUGCUGCUAAUCCUGCCCCUGGAUCUGAGGGCUUUGCCUGGCCGUGGAAAUGGGUGCUGGUAGCUGCAGGGAGCAUCACUUACCUAGGAAUCAGGAACCAGAGCCCAAGACAGAAGUGCUUGCAGGUCACACUAGAUUGCGCACGCAUCCCCAGAGGGCACGGCCAGCCUGGCUCAGGCACGUGCGAUGCCCUAGGAGAGCCCCAUGUGAGCUUCGGCCUUUUCUUCUUUCUGCAUCAUUUGCCACCAGCAGGUGGAAAGGCACGAGUGCUCCUCGACAAGCCGGGCUUCCUCUUCAUUUCCUCAUCCUCCUCAGUGUUAGUUUCCUGUUUUUCCCUCUUCUUCUCUUGCCCUCUUGUUUUUUUACACCACAGCUGCCAUCAUUUCUCUCUUCUUGAAUCCCUGGCUUCCGGCCACUGCCUUCUCCAUCCUUUCUUAUAAGCCUUGACCUGGGCCUCGUUGACCGGAGGGAAGUAUGGAGCCUUUGGGUGGUGGUGAAGGGAGAGAUCUUAAGGCCUGUGUGGGAGGAAUCUGUAAUUUUUGCUUGGGCUCCAGAUUUCAGAAUAGUAAUAUUUUUAACUACAGGUUACAAAAAUUAAUUUCACAUAGAGAAAUACCAUCUCUUGUCACAGUCUCCUCCUCAGUAUCCCAGGGAUGGUCAAAGGCCCAGUGUGAGGAGUGGCCUUUCUUCCAGAGCGCACAGGACCAGUCCCACUGUGUGACUCAUUAUGUCAUCACUCUCAUUACGUUACUCACGUUUUUUGCUGUGACCGAACUGCCCUACUUGAGGCUUUAAAGUAGGUGGAACUUUAUUGUUGGUGAAGUUUAAACGGCUAUCCCAUAUUGAUCGCCAAAUAGCACUGACCUUACCAUCUAAGAAGAUAAGCCACUUUUGUUUAAUUUGAGCCCACUGCAGCCUUCUGGAUCCCUCUCUCCCCAAGCAGCUUCCCUCUGUGGCUGCACUUGGGCUGCACUGAGCUCACUGUCAGGAAGCCGGAGUGUUGUUUUCUAGUGUGAGUUUUCAUCAUAGUAUAUUGAAAAUGCUUUUUUUUUCUAUGCAUUGAGAUCCGAGGUAGGAUUUCUCGUGGGAUUUUCCUCUGGCCUUUUAACUUUACCUGGCUGCUGGGACGGCAGAGCUCCAGCCCAAAGUUCUUCUGGACCUAAAUGUUGCUUACGGCCUUCAUGGCGCCUGAAGUAAUUCAACAUAGAUCUGUUCUUGCAGCAGACUUUAGGCGUCUUAUGAAUGAGGGAUCGUGCAUGGCAGGGUCAGCCAAACUGACAUGAGCAUGUGGUCCUGGACAGAAGCCGGGGCCAGGUCUCAUCACUGUUGUUAAACACUAGGUCAGUCACCUCACCCAGCCACAUGGUGCAAAUGAGCAGUGCCAUCGAAGAGCGUUCUUCAGCGCUUCCAUUCCUGUCCUCACAUAACGAGUGACUUCCCUUCAUGUCCUUACGUAACGAGCGACUUGCUGAAAUUUAGUCUGAUCUUGAUUCUUAGGUCUUGGGACUCAGUUCCCAGCACCUUCACUAUUAACGGUAAGGAUGGCCAUGUACUGCUUCAUUUAUGUAAAAGAAAGAAGAGACAAACGUUCAUCUUCAGGGUCCUAGAAUUUUUCUGGUUUCCGUAAUCCGUGAGUAGAAUGUCGAGAGGUGAUGAAGCAUGAUCUGCACUGAAAAGGUUUUUUGGUACUAACUCCAUACAAAACUUUGCCGACCUUGGUGCAUUAACUUAAGCUCUUGGUGCAAGGAUGCACUUUGCGGUUCAACCUUAUUCAAAUCCUCCAGCCUGUUAGGAUUUCAGCGCACCUCAGUGAGAGUGACAACCAGCAGAAUAAUUUCGAUGGCUUAAAGAAAUUUAUAGAGGAUCUUGUUUUUCAAAAAAGAUAAAAAGUUUCAACAGCUAUUAUUAGAGAAAAGCCAUUUCUUCCACUUCUGAGUCACCAAGAAUUAACACUUUUAAACUUGUUAGAAAUCCCCGGAGGCAUUUCCAUUAAUUGUCCAACCUACCUUAGCACUUUAAAAUACACCCUCGUCUUGUUCCUAUUCCCUUUUGUGCCUCCUUUUCACUUGAUGUUCUGCACUGUCGAGAGUGCCUUUACUUCAGCACGCUCAUUUUAUUUCUUCACUUAAAUAUGUCUUUGGUUUUGUUGGCCUGUUCGCUUAGACAUCCAGACUUGGGGGUCUUGUGCUGCUGCCCGAGAUAAAUUGCUGUAAUUCUAUAGAUUGCACACUAUUCUUUCAGGCUUCCAUUUACCUCAGGAAAUUACUCGAGUGUGUUCUCACGCAUUCAAUUCUCAACUGGCGAAUAUUUCUUUAUACCCAUAAACUGGUACCUAAUUCACUCUUAGUUCAAUGAGCCAUAGAUAAGGCAGCUAAAUUUCUGAAGAAAAGCCCUAGUCGAUGAGCAGCCCCGUGGGCUCUGAAUCAGUAACGAAGUAGCUGCUCCUCCAGAGCAAUGACAGGCUGGAGGGGGAGGAGGUAUUUCCGUCUCAAGGGAGAAAGGCUGGAGCCGUGUGCACAUUGUCUUCUUACAGGUAAUUUCAGGAGGCGCUGGAACGGCACUCCCUUCUCCACUCACCAUCUAGCUCACACCGAGUCUGCCAACGUCUUUAUAAAAGUUUUGGAAAUGAAUUUAGCUGCAAAACGUAGCUAACCACCUUCCAUUGCGAGUUUUGCAAAGGGAAGAGAGGAUCAGACUUCUCACGAUGGAUACUUAGCACAAUUGUAAGACAUAGUUAAUUCUGUUUGUACAUUGGUUUUUCCCUUAAACGUUUCUAGAGAAGAUGAAAGCUUAAACUUGUGGUGUGAAUAAGUUAGAUUGAGUCUAACAAGCAGUGCAAUAUUAAGCUGUGCAAUAAAGGCCCUGUUGGUGAAACGGCCUGUUGGAAAGUUGGGCAGUUUGGGUUAGCUUCCCGCACUGGUUGCUCUCGGGGUGUCUCUGCUCGGCCUGUGAAUGCAGAGUCUCUAAAGAAACCCUUUGCUCUUACGAGGUAAUUUACAUAUUUGCUUUCUGUUGAAAUAACUGAAAAUGUUAAAUCUAAUAAUUGUUUAUGUCUUGUAUAGAGAGUGUCAUAUGUAUUUCAGUUGUGUAUUUUUAUAAA